GCUCAUUCAGUUUCUUCAGUAUAACGGUAUACGUCGACAGCGGAGCAACGCAGCCCAGGAGUCGAGUCCCAUCCGCAUAUAUCCCCACAGCCAUAUGUCCAUCUGAGCUUCUUCGCCAGCAAUCUGUGAGAAAAGUGCACCAUUUGACAUUUUAACCACCCGGUAGAGUGCAGCAUAACCUUUGCUAGGACACCUAAUAACCCCCAAAAAUCCUCGAGAAGUGCAGUUGGCGCAGGUUACUAGCCAGAAAUAUUGCACGCCCACGCGAAAGUGCAAAAGUUCGGGGAGCAACCACCAGCAGCUGCCAAUUGGAUAUAUUCGCAAGUGUGUGCGAGUGUGGGUGUUGAAAAUCAAUAACCCUCGUCGACGUCGUCGUUCUAGCCAAAGCCCCAUUAACCGGCCAUAUGGCAGUGGUGGCAGAGGUCGUGCAGUGCUAGAUAGUUCCCAUUCGAAAUUGAUUUCUGAGGUCUCGAGAAAUCCGCAAGUGGGAGUGCAUUUGGUGGCAAGUGCAAGAUGGCGGCUCGCCUGGAAAUCACCGUUAGCUUGGCGCUCGCUGCAACGCUACUGUGCAGCAUAUUGGGUCAUUGCGAAAUGUCCGUUUACCCAGGAUUGCGCCGCCGACCCAUUCAGCCGCCUGUGAUGGAUCCGCAGAGUGAGCAAGAGUAUGCUUUUCUGGCCCAGAUGAUGGAGCAGUAUGCCCGCCGUCGGCUGCAGCAGCAGUUCGACCAACAGCUGCACGAAAUCAACCUGAAGAUGGAUCGUCAGCGGCAGCUCUUGGAGCAGGAGCGGUACCGCCAGCGGCAGCAGGAGCUCCAGGUACAGCGCGAGGCGGAGGAGGACUACGAGUCCAACGGAAACAACCUGAACCAGCAGUACGACCAGUACGACAACGCGGAGGCAGAGGCCAGCUACGGCAGUCCGAUGGAGGCAGUCUCUGAUCUCCAAAGUCCUCCAUUGUACCUGCCUCGCCUGCCCAACCUACCACCCUUGCCCAGCCUUCCGAAUCGGCCCAGCCUGGGCAACUCCCCGAACAGGAACAGUGUGCUCCGCGAACGGAUUCCCUUUGCUGUAGGUCCCAGCGACGCUCGCUUCUUUGACAACCCGAACGACCCUUCGGGGGAGCUGGAUUCCCGGGCGCUGGAGGACUACGAGGAGUAUGCUCCCAUUGAGCCCACAACCGAAGUAGCCACCACCGCCAGUAAGACCAAGAUCGAUACGCCAGUACCGGCUCCCGUGCCCGUUGAGCCGCCCAAACUGCUUGACGCCGCCAACACCAACUUCCACCGCAUCAAUCCCCAGUCCGCCGCCGCCGCAGCCGUGGCGGGAGUGAAUAUUCCCCAGAGCAAAGAACAACCACCCCAUGAACUUAACGCACUGAUCAACAAGCUGCAAAAGCAAAGCAAAGCGCCCUCUCAUUUGACGCUGGUCAACGGAGGUGAUUCCAGUCAGGAGCAGAUUGUGCUGCGCCAGCACCUGGGCAUGAACAGCGAGAUGGGGGUGUACAUAGUGGCCCUAAUAGCGGGGGUUAGUGCAGCGGUGACCGUUGGGCUUCUUGCCCUCGGAGUAACUUGGUUCCAUAAUCGACACAAGGCAGCAGCGGACGUGGAAUACCCUGCCUACGGCGUUACCGGGCCGAACAAGGAUGUCUCGCCGUCCGGUGACAGAAAGCUGGCCCAGAGCGCCCAAAUGUACCACUACCAGCACCAGAAGCAGCAGAUCAUCGCCAUGGAGAACCAGGCCACGGAUGGUAGCUGCGGCAUGUCGGACGUGGAGAGCGACGACGACAACGAGGAGGGCGACUACACGGUGUACGAGUGCCCCGGCCUGGCGCCCACUGGUGAGAUGGAGGUGAAGAAUCCGCUCUUCCUGGACGAGACGCCGGCCACGCCGUCAAACAACCUGUCGUCCCAAACCGCUGGAGCUGCCAAUGCGGCAGCAGCGACCAAUAACAACAUCACGCAGGCUACCCCCCAGCAGCCGGCCACCCUGAAGAAGGGAACGGUCAAGCCGAACAUAAAUCUCCUGAACGCAACGGGCACUGCAGCAGCAGCAGCUUCAGCCGCAUCAGCAGCCUCAGCGACCGGAGGGGAGGAGCCCAAGCAGAAGCGCAAGAGCAAGAAGUAAGGCGACUGGACAUUGUUUUCCCUCUUGGGGCAAUUGGUAAAGUUUGACUGAUCCAUUGUCAGCCAACAGACACAUCCUCUUACACAGAUUCAAAAACAGACCAGACUAGGUGCUGGGAGCCAUCUACGCAUAUUACAGAUACUUCAGGGAAUUUAAUUCCGGGAGCCAAGCAAACCACACACACGACACUACACACAUCUGUCACUAUUCUUCCUUCCCUAUAUAUGCAUAAGUCCGGUAAUGUAAUGUAAUUGCUAUGCAGUAAGAAUAGCUCCAGUAAACCGUGAGUACCCCAAACCCGAACCCAAUCCCAAUCCCAAUCUCAUCCGCCCAGUUUCCACCCGCUGUCAGUUGCACAACGCUGAUGAUUCUAUUACGAUGCGGCAAGCGUAAUCCUGUGUUGCAUGGCAGCGUGGGUUAUUGUAUAUCAACUUUUUUUGUCACUGCGAAUCGUUGGAUUUACGGUCUGGAGAAGCUGAGGAGCUUAGGAGGAGGGACAACCAACCGAAGCAAACUAACAUAUUAUAUUAUUAUAAAUAUAUGUAUACAUACACACAUAUUUAUAUAUAGAUAUAUAUUCAUGUAAUUAUUGUAUUAUAUACACGAAGGCGGACACCUUUUUACUUACCUGUCUGUGUGGUGUACUAUCUUCUCUCAUUUUUACUACGCUUUGUGAUCGAUCCUAAAUUAUCUGUGUCAAUUUAGAAAUACAAUUCCGGCAUCCAAACUUUUUGCAUGCGCAUGCAAAUAUAUUUCGUAGAGCAGGAGACGCGACUAGAGGAGGAGAGGAUUAUUUACAAGUAAAACUUAACAAUAAUUUCCCUGCACAUUCAUGUAAAGUAAAUGAAAAACGACUGAUAACACACAAAAAGAACACGCGUCUAUUGUACAAAAAAGAGAAAUCGAUACGAAGAAACAAUUUAUUUACCUAUUAGUGAGAGAUUAUUAAUGGAAACUAUCAGCGGAAACAAUUCCCAGCCCCAAAAACUACUAAAGGAAACUGUAGCGAACAUUUUACUGUAUUGCUGUAAAUAAUCAUGAAACAUUGGGCAAAGGACAGAGUUAGAAACCAUUGCGGCCGAAACAAUACACUGAAUACAACCGAAUUGAAGAACUUGCGAGUUCAAAAACUAGCUAAAGAAAACACAACACGAAUAUUAUAUUUCUAUUAACUAGGCGAAUGCAAAGCAUCUUGGAGCAUUGAACAUUGAAUUUGAAUUCCAAAUCGAAACUGACUUAGCCACAAUAAAAUGCGCAUAGCAUAUGAAUGUACGUUGAGCGUAAUGUUGAGUUUGAAAUAUAUAUUUUAUGGUGUUUGGCCAAAAACACGAAAAUAAUUAGAACUCAAGGCGAGGACUCGAAAUGCAAAAUUGCAACUUGAAAGCGGAGGUGCAAAGAACACACUUUGUAAAUGAAGAGCAUAAUUUAAUUUAUAUUUAUUCAUGUAUGAUAACCGUAAAACACACAAAUUAUACAAUAUGCAUACAGAAUAAACUAAACUAACC